UGAAUUGAAUAAAUAAGGGCUUCUUUAUUCACAAUAUUUUCAGGGUUUUUCUUUUUCUAAAAGUACCUACUUUUCUACUCUUCCAAGUAAUCUCAGGCUAUGUAAAGCUCAUUAAGCAGCAAGAUGAGCAAUGAAGCUUUUGAUGGGCAGAUACUGACUGAGAAACUGACAAAACUAAACAAUUCGCAACAAAGCAUUGAAUCAUUGUCUCGUUGGUGUAUUACUCACCGGAAGAAGGCAAAACAGAUUGUUGAAACAUGGGACAAAUUGUUUAACUCUUCCCAGAAAGAACAACGCGUUUCUUUUCUGUAUUUAGCUAAUGACAUUUUGCAAAAUAGUAGGCGAAAGGGAAGUGAGUUUGUAAAUGAAUUCUGGAAAGUUCUUCCUGCUGCUCUCAAACAUGUGUACGAAGAGGGUGAAGAGUAUGGAAAGAAAGCUGUAACCAGACUGGUUGACAUAUGGGAAGAAAGAAAAGUUUUUGGUUCUCGAGGACAGAAUCUUAAAGAUGAAAUGUUUGGGAAGAAUCCUCCUGCUGCUGCUGUGAACAAUGGAAAAGGCUCAAAUCCUAUCAAGAUAGUUAAGAGGGAUGCUCAUGCAGUAAGAAUUAAAUUGGCUGUUGGAGGUCUUCCCGAAAAGAUACUAACUGCAUACCAAUCUGUGCUCGAGGACAAUCCAAAUGACGAUACUGUUUUAAACAAGUGUAAUGCUGCUGUACAAAAUUUGAGUAAACUUGGGGAAAACGUUGAAAGUAGUUUAGCUCAAGGGAAUAAGAAUGGAUCCGCCUUGCUAGAUGAGCUAGAGCAGCAAGAAAACGCUCUCCAACAAUGUGUUGAACAACUUGAAAACAUUGAAACAAGCAGGGCUGCUUUGAUUUUUCAACUUAAAGAAGCACUUCAGGAACAAGAAUCAAAGCUGGAGGAUAUUCGUAGUCAGCUGCAGGUUGCUCGUGGUCAGAUUGAUCAAGGAAACAAUUUAAGGAACAAGCUGAGUUUACCCCCCUUGCGUGGCCAUGUAACUACUACUUCUAUUCCUGCAGUUGAGGCUGUAGCUGUGGGUGAACAGAACCUUCCUUUUGCUCAGCCAUCCGGCACUCUAUCUCAGCCUCAUCUUCAGCAACCUUUGACUUCCGUUGUGCCUUCAAAAAUGAUUGAAGAAGAUAACAAGAAAGCAGCAGCUGCUGCUGUUGCUGCUAAGCUUGCUGCGUCAACAUCUUCUGCUCAGAUGCUUACCUCUGUACUUUCGUCACUUGUUGCAGAAGAAGCUGCCUCUAUGAAUGGUAGCUUAAAUUCCGGUGGGUUUGCAUCAGCAUUAUCAAUGUUUCCUCCUGAAAAGCGUCCCAAACUUGAAAAAACAAUGCCUGUAUCAGAUGCAAGCAAUUCAGACAUCCCCAGCACUACGUAUUUUAACCCUCUGCAGCAGCAGGCCAUGAACAACAUGCCACUUGCACUGUCGACUGGUAUGCAACCGGUGUCUCAAGGCAACCAAAUUCAAGCUCCCUUUGCUUCUGCUCCACCUCCCUCGCUCUCUCCUGCAAAUCCAUCAGCUAGUCAAUAUAUGCAGUCAACUGGUAUGAUGAUAGGGGUUAUGCCUUAUGGAUAUGGAGCAAACACGCUGCCACCACCACCUCCUCUUCCCCCACAUAUAGCAAUGAAUUUAGCUAGGUCUACUUCUCAGCCGCCACAGUCUCAGCCUCCACAUCCGCCACAGUCUCAGCCUCAGCAACAGCCACAAUCUCAGCCUCAGCAGCAACCAACCACUGGAGGAUUUUACCGGCCACCAGGUAUUGGGUUUUAUGGGCAAAACCCUCAGUCAACGCCACCCGUACCUCGGCAGUAAGCUUCACCCA